UAGCCAAUAUGGCUGCCACGUGGUGCAGGCAGUGUGGUUGGUGCGGUGUAUUUAGUAGUAUUUGAUGCUUUGGGGCGGGUGCUAGUUCGGAUAUUUAAUGGAAUUCGCCAUAUAUUUACUGUAGUUGCUACACUUAUUACUCGUAAGUGCCAACAGUGCUUUACAUAACGCUGGAACAUGAGUGAGGUGAAAAAUAGAAAAAGAAACACGACGAAAGCGGCCGCUGCCUCGGAGAGCUUGUCACCUGUUGAAGCGCUUGAAGGGAGCGACGACCCCAACAAUGCUAACGGUACCCUUCGUCACGAAGAUGCCCCGAAGGAAGUAUCAGAGGUUCCUCGUACGGAAACGAACAGCGCAGUUAGUUACUUGAGCUCGUGGCUAAAUGGCUCCUCCAAAGCUUUCACGGUUAGCAUCGAAAUUGAUGCAAUGUCUGUGGCUCUGUUUUUCUUGGCGCUCCUGACAAGAAUGUGGAGACUAGAAUAUCCACGAAGCAUCGUAUUCGACGAGUUGCAUUACGGAAAAUUCGCAAGCUUGUACAUGAAAAAUAUUUUCUUUUUUGAUUCGCAUCCUCCCCUUGGAAAGCAAUUGGUUGCACUGGCAGGAUAUCUUGCAGGCUUUGAUGGUGACAGUGAAUUUGACAGGAUAGGUGGGAGUUACAGUGCAUCAGUCCCCUUGUGGGCUUUACGACUUGUGCCAGCAUUGUUCGGCUCACUGUUGGUGCCUGUCACUUAUCACCUUGCACUGUCUCUUGGUUUGGCCCAAGUGUCAGCAGCCUUGGCUGCCAUACUUGUACUUUUUGAGAACUCUCUUCUCACCCAAUCACGGUUUGUCCUCAUGGAAGCCAUCCUGAUGUGCUUCUCAGCACUGGGCCUGCUUGCUUUGCUCAAGUUUCGGAGGCAGAGAUCAUUCACCUUCUCCUGGUGGUUAUGGUUGAUCCUGUCUGUCUCAUUUCUCACGUGUUCCAUGUGCGUCAAGUACAUAGGCAUUUUUUCUAUGCUUUUAGCAGUCUACAUAAUGGCUAGAGAUUUUUGGAAAAUGCUUGGAAACAGCUCUCUCUCAGAUGGAAAACUGUGGGCACACUUCAUUGCAAGGUCAACUGUGAUGACAGUGGUGCCUCUAGGCAUCUACCUUGGUGUGUUCUAUGUGCAUCUGAGCCUCCUCACUAGGGCAGGUCCUCAUGACAAUAUUAUGACCAGUGCUUUCCAAGCAAGCCUCGAGGGAGGAUUGGCAUCCAUCACCAGAGGCCAACCAUUGUCAGUGGUCCAUGGCUCACAGAUCACCUUACGGCACACACACGGUCGUGCCUGCUGGCUGCACUCGCACCCACAUGUGUACCCAGUCAAGUACCCAGAUGGCAGGGGCAGCUCACACCAGCAGCAGGUAACAUGCUACAGCUUCAAAGAUGUCAACAACUGGUGGAUAGUCAAGCGUCCGUCAUUAAAGGACAUAGUUGUCUCAGACCCUCCGGAUGUUAUCAAGCAUGGUGACAUUGUUCAGCUCAUUCAUGGCAUGACAAGUCGGGCAUUAAACAGCCAUGAUGUUGCUUCUCCAAUGUCACCUCAGCACCAGGAAGUAUCGUGCUAUAUUAAUUACAACAUAUCUUUCCCAUCGCAAAAUUUGUGGAAAGUGGACAUUGUGAACAGAGACACAGAAGGCGACGUAUGGCAUACUAUACAUUCGCAUGUGCGACUAAUUCAUGUAAACACAUCCCAAGCUUUAAAGUUCAGUGGCAAACAGCUUCCCGACUGGGGAUUUCACCAGCAUGAAGUUGUCACUGAUCGUUUUCUCUCUCAAGAUGAUACGGUGUGGAAUGUAGAAGAGCACCGUUAUACGAAAAAUUCAGAUGAAAAGGAGAGAGAGCGUGACAUGGUCUCAGCAGAAUUUGUGCCACUGCAGCCUACACACUUGACAUUCUUCCAGAAGAUGUGGGAGCUUCAGUACAAAAUGUUAUUAGUAAACCAGGAGAAUGUGCAGGACCACGUGUACAGCUCUGAACCAAUGGAAUGGCCACUAAUGGUUCGUGGCAUUGCAUACUGGAUUAGUCCCGUCACCAAUGCCCAGAUUCACUUGGUUGGGAAUGUGGUUACUUGGUAUACAGCUACAGUCUGCCUCUUCCUUUAUGUGCUCAUCUUCUGCUUUUAUCUUCUGAGGCGACAGCGGCUGGUCUGUGACAUUCCUGAAGAUAUAUUUGAGAAGUUCAGAUUUGGAGGAGAGCUGUGCGUUGUUGGCUAUGCCAUGCACUUGGUGCCAUAUUUCUUUGCUGACCGGACUUUGUUUUUGCACCACUACCUGCCUGCACUGCUGUACAAGAUCCUUGGCGUUGUUGUUGUGCUGGAGCACCUUGACUAUGUCCUCUGCCAUGUCAUCAAGAAGAAGUGGAUACAGCUGGGAUUCUAUGCUUCUGUUAUCGUCUGGCUGCUGGGUGUCAUCUACGUGUUCUGGCGAUUCUCUGUAUUUUCAUAUGGUACAACUGCUCUGUCAGCACAGGAUGUACUGGACCUGAAGUGGAGGGACUCUUGGAGCUUCAUCAUUCACCGUCCUUGAUUUGUAUUUGUGCAUGUGAUCUGUAGCCUUCUUGAAAAGGAUUCUUUAUCAUAGCUUUCUUUUUUUAGGCCGAAGUUUUGAAGUGUAAGAAUGCGUCAGACUGGCAAAUUUAGUAUUACUUUGAGCAAGUGCACUGUGCUUUCACUAAGUGCCAUUUUGGUGUCACAAGGCUACACAGCAAAACAGUAUUGUUCGGAAUUAAUUAGGUGCUAAAAAAAGGCAUUUGAAAUAAUGGCUAAUAUUUGAGGAGCAGUAGUUAAUGCUGCUUUUUUAUUAUAUAUAGAAAUUCUUGAAUGGAGUUUGCAGAAACUGCUGGAACAGCAGCACCACCAAGCACCAGGGAAAUUUUCUUAUUUGCUGUAGUAUAUUCAAGGUAAAAUGCAAUAGCAGUGGUCACCGAAAUUGAGCAGUGGCAGCACAAGACCUUUUGUUGGUUGAAACAGGUACAAAUGGAACAUUACCUGUGAAAAAGCACCUAACUUCGUUUCCUGUUUUUUUUUACACUUGUACACUGAGGCUACACACUUGUAGCCUGGUAAGUGAGAUUGCCAGACGCACUUACGAAUGAGUGCACUCUGCAACAAUUGUCACUAGACUUUCUCUUAGAACAGCCUCCAAUCAAGACUAACAAGAGACACUUGCUCAAAGUCAGUCUAAAUUCACCUGUCUAACAGAUAGUUUAUCGGGUGCAUAUUGUGGGUAAAGGUUUCUUGAGGAUAUGUUGAAAGAGGAAUAGAAGCGCUCUCCGACUGACUUUUAAUGGUCUCACUUAGGGGAAAAAAAGAACUAAAUUUGGGACAUUUAGGGACAGAGGGCAUUAUUUCUACAGUGAAUGUCUUCCAGAUAGCUGGUAGGGGGCUAGACACUUAAUUUACUGCAAUUGCGUGCAAAGACAAAGCAUAAUAUGCCUGUUGCUAGCACACUGUAAGAAAUGACACCAGAACUUUUUCGUUCUUUUGGAUACCUGACAUUAUUUUUUUUCUUCUUCCUGUCCUGCUUUAUCAGAUGUCAACCAACCAUCUCAUGUUUUUAGACAAUAUUUUUAGGCAAGUUGCUUCAACACAUCAGUCAUCAUUUGUCACACUGGCAUUUGCAUACUACAUAUAUUGAGCCAUCUAAUACUUAACUGUGCUUGAACAUUGCGGUCAGCACACUGGGGAGUCAUGAGAGAAAAUAUUCUUCCCUUACCUAUGUCCACUUGUAAACAGCAAAUGCUUCUCCAGAAUCCUUGCAGCAAGAAAGGCACCAGACCUUAUGUUUAGUAUAGAAUGCUUGUGGGCGGAUGGGGCAUGUAUGAAUAUUUACUGUUUACAAUUUUUGUUUUAUAGUGGGUGAGUUUUUGCACCGGAAACUUUAUUUUUACCCUUGAUAUAACUCUACAAUGCAUGGCAAUGGACGUGUUUUAUGAUUUAUUUACACGGGAAUUCUGGGAAACUUAUUUUAGUUAUAUUUUAUGGCUGGGUGGUCUGAUACGUUUCUUGUGUGGCACAUUUAUUGCCUGGUUUUAUAUUUUGUAGACUUUACAAGCUACAGUAGGCAUGUUACAAACCAUUUCAGAGUAAUUAGAAUGUAAUGUACAUUUAAUCACUCUUUUAUUCAUUGCUAUUAAUGAUGUGUUUUUGUAUGUUCAUCGUUGAGAAAAUGUUUCGUUUGAGGUGUACAACUUUCAUAAUGUCACAUAAAUAGCAUGUUACCUAUAGCAGUAGUACAUUGAGAUCAAAAACAACGAACUUUCAAAUUUCUUGUGGACUGUUAUGGGUGCCGUCAUGAAUUUGUAUACCUGUUGUUGUGUUCACUUUUUAUGGUAUGGACUGUACAAUCUGCGAAAAAGCAUGUUAAGAUGAGAAUCUGCUGCCAGAUUUAAUUUUCUUUUUUAAUGUUUAUUUGAAUGGACAUGUUUGUGUCCAUGUUCGUAAAAGCUUAUUGGUACCGUUCUACACCCACUUGAUGUGGGCAACCUGCAUGCAGUAGCGCCACUGUUGGCAUGUUUUUGUAGCAAGACCAGAACAAGAUCAAACAUACUACACAUGCGCAUUUGUACAUUCUUUUAAACAUUGUAUUCUCUUUGAAAUAUGUGUUUCUGAUUAUAUCAUUAACAUGUAACAAUCCUGGAAUGAUAUACAAUAGUUAAAAGUGCUUUGUGAUUUCUUCUAAAGUCUUUGGGCACAUGAACUGUUCUUUAUUAUACCAAGGCAUUGAGGCACUUUUCAUGUUAUUUUGGAACAUUUGCAUUUACCAUGGAAUCUUUUCCUGAAGUGUUGAUGGCUUAGUUUUAUAAUUGUUUUCUUUAUACCUCUAAUGCUCAUCGUUUUGCCACCCUUGCUGUGAUUCUGUAUGGUCUAGGUUUUGAUAUAUAUUUUUAUAGCAUUGUACUUAAUGUUAGUGAAACAAGCAACCCUUCCAUUAAGCAAUGGUGGUUCUUUUAAGGUUGUGACAAUACAGAAAUAUAUGCACCUUUUACAAUGCACCGUCGGGCAAUUGGAUACCACAGUAGUUUUGAAAAUGCUUAAUUUUGUCAUAGCCUGGCCAUGAAAGAUAAUUGAGUACAGUGCACUUGUUGCUUGCACGUGUGCAUAAGGCACCUUUCGAUAUCAUACUGGGUAUUCAGGCUGCAAAAAAAUUAUUGCUUUAAUGGUGCCCAUGUUCAAACUAUCUCCUGACAGUACUUUUAUACCAGAGCAACGAAUGUACACUCUCUUUUGUGAAUGGUAUUGUCAGUUCUGUGCCCUUCUGCAAGUAAUAUAUCAGCAUAGUGUUGACAGAGAAGCAAGAGUGAAAAAAAAAGGAGAGAUGGUGUGUAGUAAUAAUUAUUAUUGCGAAGCAAAAGUAUGCCAUAGAGGUUGUGUAAUUGUUCAGAGCGUGUUCCAGUGAACCUUCUAUUGAACUUUUUUUUUUCAAGUUAGACAUUGUGUAUAAAUGCCAUCAGUGCCUUUGCGAUGUCCAAUGCAAAUGUUACUAAAGAAACCAGAACCAUGUCUUGAUUUGAAUUUAUUCAAAUUUUUAGGUUUACUUGGCUGAGCCAGAAAAAUAGUAAAUUUUAUGGCAUUACACUUUGAAGGAUGGGCUGUGCAGCACCUCUUAUCAAUGGAACUGUUUACCGUGCAGAUUAAGAAACUCCCAAGGGGUCAAAUUAACCUAGAGCCCUGCCCGCUACACUGUCUCUCCAUCUCUUGCUUUGAAAUCUGAAACCCCAUCUUUCUGUCUUUGAUGAACCAGUGAAUGUGUUCUUCUCAACCAUAUAGAUAAACCAUCCAGAUAGUGCCUUGCAUGUUCAGUUAUAAGGUAAUUAUGCACCCCAGUCUAGUAGAAAGGAUAAAGGCCACGAAGGUCUGAAAUGCAUGGAAGGGCAGAAAGGGUUGUUUCAAACACCCUCUAAGAUUACAGCUUGUCUACUUGUCUUUUUUUUUUUCUCUCUCUCUCUUUCUCUCAGUAUGAUGUGAUAAAUCCUUCAAGGAUCAAGUGUUACUUUCAAAUCCGAGAAGUAAAUGUGAGCUACUGUGUAUGCAUGUCUCUUGUCAGUUUUCUAAAGUGACUGUUGUUUGUGCAAGUCUGUUGUCCGACUGCUGAGUGUCCUAAUUUAUUUGUUUUCUUAACACAAUGUGUUCAUCCUGGCCGUCACUUCAUAUUGAAUAGGCCUGCUGUUGUAUGCAUAUUGAAUGAAUUUUGAUGUAAGCGGAGAAAUGUUCACUUCAAUUUUCUGCAUUUAUUCCACCGGUGUACAUGUCGUUGGCAAGCUUUAAUUAUUCAUUGGAAUGACACUUCACAGAAUGUAGCGAUUGGCGAUGUAACAACUUGGUCUCGCCAUCAAGGCCACAUUAUUAAAGCGAAGCUUUCUUUGCCUCUUCUUUCAACUUUUCAACUGCUGCUGCUGCUGCUGUUGUCACUGUCUUGCACGCCGUGUUGGGAGGUGGUUCAAAGUGUGCAAAUACAUGGCAGGAGCGUGGCAGAGAGGAAAGGCGGUGCUAGAAACUCGUUUGGGCCUUUCCAUCGCGUCACAUGUGCAUAACGCCCUCUGGAGCUCCCUGGGCGUUAACACAGUACCCUCUUGACAGUGGUAAUUAUCUGUGAAUUAUCUGUGUGCAAGGCAUUGCAGAAACUGCAGCACUUACAUUUCUACUAACGUGCAACAGUCCAGUGGGGAGGUAGAUAGAAUGGUGGUGAGGGGGUAGGGCGAGGAGGCAGAGAAUAGGUAGAACCGACGUAGUCAGAAACGAGUGAAUGACAGCCUUGCCACUCUUCGCUCACAGUUCCUAUACCUGGGGGGAGGGCGUGAGAGGGAAAACGUAAUGCGAGAAGGCGAGGAAAUGCUACUGCUAGACACAACAGCGGUCGCGGAGAAACUCAAUAAAUUUAUGUUCAAGGUACAGUACUGUCCGUUUAAGCUAAUUCUGAAAAAAUAAACACCAUGCAAAUUUUUCAAGCGGACAACUGAUGCAUCACGUGCAGACGCAAAGCCGUAUUAAAGUGCCGUAUUAUCUAGGCGAUACUAGGGAGCGGUUGCAAAUCAAAUCAACACUUCUGUGCCCGCCGCAGUAGCUUUGUGUCUAGGCAUUGCUCAAGAUCGCGGGUUCAAUCCUGACCGUGGCAGCUUCAUUUCAACAAGGUCGAAAUACAAAAAUGGUUGUGUACUUAGAUUUAGGUGUGCGAUAAAGAAACCUAGGGGGUCGGAAUUAAUCCGGAGUCCACCACCUUGACGUGCCUUAUAAACCGAUUGUGGUUUUGGCACGUACUGCCCCAUAAUAUUCGAUGUGCUGUGUGAGGCAGUGACAAGGCUAACCUUCUCGGAGGUUAUGAACAAUAGCACCCAACAACGCCUCAAGCAAACGCGUCUUGCUGUGUGGUCUGUGUACUAUGCAGACAAACGGCAGUGGUGCACGUAAUGCAACGUUUAACAUCUACUCACCACUCUCGUAUUGGACUCGACGCUAAAGAGAUUAAACAUUUGCUGUCAACAUCACUGCUAAUUAUUGUCAAUCAAAGCAAGCAGCACAGAAAGCUUCGCUUAUAUCGAUUCCCACAGUGCGUAGGAUCUGCAUAAUUUUUUACUUCAGAUGUCUAGUUAACGUGUACUGACAUGACAGAAACGAUUGCAUAUCUCCAAAAACCCCCAAAAAAACAUUUUAUUUUCUGCAAAUUUGCAUUGUUAGCAUGGCCCCCUUUUUUAGAACUUGGUCAAAGCAUUUCGCUUGUGUGUGAAUUUACUCAUAGGUAAGCAUAUCAUGCAUGGAUAAGUUUAUCCAUGCAUAAAAGCUAUGCACAAGUGACGGUGUGUUGCCACAUAGUAAGUUUUCAAGUGACAAACAAAAGCUUUUGAGCACAUUUUACUCCUUUGUUACUUGACAAUUUACUGAGUGGCAACAUAUUGUCGCUUGUGCAUAGCUUUUAUGCAUGGGUAAACUUACCUGUGCAUGAAAUGCUUCAUGUAAGUGGCCUCAAUGCUUAUGGUCCCAUGACUGAUGUGAGGUGCAUGGUGUAUUUAAUGUGGUAAUUUUCACAUGAAGAACACUCUAUUGCAGGACAUAUUGGCCAAGUUCAAAAUUCAACAGAGGAUAUGACUAACUUCAGGGCACUGUGUGGCUGAGCUUCCUUUUUUUUUUUUUUUGUUUUUUU